UCCCAUGUGGUAUAAUUAUUGCAAUGUCAUGUUCACAAGAUAUCCUCUAUGACAGUCAUUGGCUAGUAAACACUUACAUUUCGUUUGGGUUGCCGUACAUGCUUUAUGAUAUUUAUGCGAUGUAUGUAGUACAUUAUCACCAGAAUCCUCAUAUUUGGAGUCAAGGAGCACUGACUAAAAUCAUGCAUUAUGUUAAAACUCAACCAGCUAUGAUUUUACAUCACCUGGCUCUUGCAUGCCUGGGAUAUCCAAUAGUAAUGUUUUAUAGGAAUGGUAAAGGUGAUUUCUUUGUUGGUUGUUUUUUCUCCACUGAAUUGGCUAAUCCAUUCAUUCACUUGAGGGCUAUAUUCAAACAGAUCGGAUGGCAGAAAACAAAACUCGAAAUCCUCAAUGGAAUUUUACUUCUUAUCACUUUUUUCGUGGGUCGUCUUUUAUUAUUUCCCAUUAUGUAUCACAUAUACGGUAGAAGUAAAGACCUAACUCUGUGGGAAGUGCCGUUCAACAUACCAAUGCAUUGCAACAUUGGAUGUGCUACUAUUUUAAGUUUUCAAAUCUACUGGUUGUAUCUCAUUGUUGGAGCUACCAAGAGAACUCUCAAAUCCUUAUUCUCGAAAGAUGAUAAAGCUAUAAAUGUAAAUUCAGAGGGGAAUGUUGUAAUGUCAGUAAAGCAGGACUGACCGUCAUUACGAGGGUUGACAAAAUUGGUUGUAUGAUCUUCUCAAUUGUUUUUAGAUUUCCAUUAAAUUUAACCAGUCGGC